AUGUCAGAAAGUCUCGAGGAAGACUUUACGAGGGCAACCGCGCUCGUGCGUGGGGGAAACCACAUUGACGCCAUUGGUGUGUACGCCUCAAUUGCUGAGAAUGCUCUCGCCACAACACCGCAAAAGAUACGGGCGUACUCCAAUAUGAGUGCAUGCCUUGCGGCGCGCGAUCAGUAUGCGGAAGCUCUCGAUGCCGCUAAAAAGGCUUUGGAGUUAGAUGAACAGAAUAGCAAAGUACAUGGGCGUGUGGCCACAGCAUAUCAUGGGAUGAAGCAUUAUGAAGAGGCCGCACAACACUACAAUCGCGCGCACGUGUUAGACCCGACGAACGCCCUCUACUUGGAGCAGCACCAAGUGGUGCUGGAGCUUAUGCGCAGCGGCAAAGGCAUUGCGACGCAGGAGACGAAGGAUGCGUACUACUAUCGUAAGGGCAUUGAGCGUGGGAAGGAGGCCAUGGAAAAGGGUGAAUAUCUCAGUGCUGUGCGACACUUUUCGAAGGCGAUUGAGCUGCACGCACGGUGUGCUACAGAUGACGUUGAUAGGGAAGCCAAGAAGGACGACCCUAGUUGUAGCAGCAGUGGCAGGUCUGCUGAGUUAGCGGUCUUGUUUUGUAAUCGGAGUGCGGCCUAUAGUCGGGCAGGCCGCUAUGCCGAGUCACUGGAGGACGGAAUGAAGGCUAUGGAAGUGAAUCCCAUGUACGCAAGGGCUUUCUUUCGCAUUGCCCACGCACACCAUCAGUUAAAACACCCACAUGAAGCAUACACGGCACUGCGCCGAUGUCUGGAGUUGAACCCCAACCACGAUGAGGCCAAGGCUUUGAUGAUCGAGGUAGAACAAGUGGUGACGGUCUUGCAGAAGACAACAGAAGAAAAGCGGCGCGAGAAGGAGGAACAGGUGCAAAAGAUUCGCGAAAUGCAAAGUGCAGAGAGGGUUACUGAGACUGCAGGUGUACCUAUGGGAUACCGCAGCCGUGCACACGCGACGUCGUACAUGCACUGCAGCUAUUGUAAUGAAGCUGGACAUUCCCGUGCGGAGUGCCCUCUGCUGCGUCGUAAACGUUCUCGCACAUCGUAA